AUGCAUUGUGAAGUGAGGCUUGUAAAGGAAAAUACUAGUAUUGGCUUGACAAUAGUCUAUGGCAGCAAUAAUCCCAUGGAGAGGAAGUUUCUUUGGCGUAACCUCAUAAAUAAAUCCCAUAUGAUGCAAAACUUCCCAUGGAUUAUAUUGGGAGAUUUUAAUACUAUUAGAGAUCCUCAAGAAAAGGUUGGUGGCGCAACUUGGGGUAAUUACUACUGCGAAGACCUUAGAAAUUGUAUUAGGGAGGCUGAAUUGGAUGACUUAAGGUUCAUGGGUCAUCUCCUAAUGUGGAGCAAUUAUAGUGAAGGCAAAAGGAGGAUAACAUGUAAACUAGAUAGGGCACUUAUUAAUGAUUCUUGGAAGGAUGCAUUCCUUAAUGCUAUGACUUAUUUCCUCAACCCUUCUAUAUCUGAUCACUCUCUUUGCAUGGUAAGAAUGGGAACCAUAGAAGAUUGUAGGAAAAUACCUUUUAAAUUCUUUAAUUUGUGGACACACCAUGAAAACUUCCUCAGCAUUGUUGCUGAAGUUUGGAGCCAUGAAGUUCAAGGCAACCCCAUGUUCAAUGUGAUAAGCAAACUUAAAAAGCUAAAAGUUGAAGAAUCUUUGGCUAGACAAAAAUCUAAAGUUUAUUGGCUAAAGAAAGGUGAUCAAAAUACAAAGUUCUUCUUCAAAAGUAUCAAAGGUAGAAGAAAUAGGAACUCUAUCUAUAGGAUCCAAAGGGAGGAUGGAUCUUUUGUUCACAACAUGGAGGAGGUCAAGGAGGAGUUUAUGGAACGUUUCAAAUCUGUCCUCAAUGGAGAUGAGUAUUCAAAUGUGAAUCUUAACAAGCUCAAAAAGCUAGUCAAAUUCUGGCUUGGUAGUGAGGAAAAUGAUAUACUUAUAAAAGAAAAUUCAGUGGAAGAGAUUAAAGAAACCAUUUUUGCCAUGGACAAUAACAAGGCUCCGGGUCUGGAUGGAUAUGGUGCAUGCUUCUUCAAGGCAGGUUGGAACAUAAUUGGUGAUGAUGUUAUAAAGGCCAUCAAACAUUUCUUCAAAACGGGCCAUCUCUUAAAAGAGGUUAAUUGCACUAUUCUUGCUUUUGUUCCUAAAAUUACUAACCCUUUUCUUUGUAAGGAUUUUAGACUUAUAGCUUGUUGCAAUACUUUGUACAAAUGCAUCACCAAAAUCAUGGCAAACCGCCUCAAAGCCAUUCUUCUGCAGUUCAUCAACAAAGCUUAA